AUGGGUCUCGGAGCCAAAGGCACCACUACUCCAUCCAGCUCCAGUUCACAAGUAUUGGACAGUGGCACUGCGGCCAGCCAGCACUUAGAAAAUUAUUCACCCUCUCAAUUGCCCGGGGAAGAGCCAGUCUACAGCAGCCAGGAAUACCCAAUCAAGUGUAUACUUGACGAGUCCGGUGGCAAAUAUUUAAUCGCGUGGGAGGGCUCAUUUGAACCGACUUGGGAGCCAAAGAGCUGCGCUAGUUACGCGGCUGUGCGUGCCUGGGAGGUUGAAAAGCAGAAAAGAUAUAUCUCUGCAAAACAGUACAAGGAACAAAGGCCGAGGAGAACUUGCCAAACUCCUCGUCGCAAACCACUGGACCUCGUCUCUUCUUCGUCACCAGGAAUCUUUACUCAGCAGAGUAUUGAGGCUUCACAGCCAUCAUCCACCAACCCCAACUCAUCCAACCCUUCUUUUUCCCAAGCAACUGCCUCCAGUGGCAGUAUAUUUUGCCCUGAAACCCAAUCUCAAAGCACCCAGGCAUCCCGCGAGUCAUCUGGCCGUUCAGGAAUCCAGCAUACCUGA